CGUAAUGACGUGUCAGUCUCCUGCAGACCCCGGAAGUGCAACUCUAACUUGGUCGGGGCGCGGAUCCCGAGAGGGAAAGUCAUAACAACCGCACGAGGGAGUUCGACUGGCGAACUGGAAGGCCACGCCUCCUCCCGCCUGCCCCCUCAGCCCUGUAGCUGGGGGCAGAGCUCAGACUGUCUUCUGAAGAUUGAUGUCUAUUUCCUUGAGCUCUUUAAUUUUGUUGCCAAUUUGGAUAAACAUGGCACAAAUCCAGCAGGGAGGUCCAGAUGAAAAAGAAAAGACUACAGCACUGAAAGAGAUGGGGUUUCACCAUGUUGGCCAGCCUGGUCACAAACUCCUGAGUUCAAGUGAUCUGCCUGCCUCGGGCCUGCAGAGUGCUGAGAUUACAGGUGCGAGCCACUGUGCCCAGCCAGAAUGUCUUUCUCCAUCCCUUUACUUUCAGUUUAUAUGUGUCUUCACAGAUUUAUUAUCAAGGAUAGAUUUGGAUGAACUAAUGAAAAAAGAUGAACCACCUCUUGAUUUUCCUGAUACCCUGGAAGGAUUUGAAUAUGCUUUUAAUGAGAAGGGACAGUUAAGACACAUAAAAACUGGGGAACCAUUUGUUUUUAACUACCGGGAAGAUUUGCACAGAUGGAACCAGAAAAGAUACGAGGCUCUAGGAGAGAUCAUCACGAAGUAUGUAUAUGAGCUCCUGGAAAAGGAUUGUAAUUUGAAAAAAAUAUCUAUUCCAGUAGAUGCCACUGAGAGUGAACCGAAGAGUUUUAUCUAUAUGAGUGAGGACGCAUUGACAAAUCCGCAGAAACUUAUGGUUUUAAUUCAUGGUAGUGGUGUUGUCAGGGCAGGUCAGUGGGCGAGGAGACUUAUCAUAAAUGAAGAUCUGGACAGUGGCACGCAGAUACCAUUUAUUAAAAGAGCUGUGGAUGAAGGAUAUGGAGUAAUAGUACUAAAUCCCAAUGAAAACUAUAUUGAAGUAGAAAAACCGAAGAUACAUGUACAGUCAUCAUCUGAUAGUUCAGAUGAACCAGCAGAAAAACGGGAAAGAAAAGAUAAAGUUUCUAAAGAAACAAAGAAACGACGUGAUUUCUAUGAGAAGUAUCGUAACCCCCAAAGAGAAAAAGAAAUGAUGCAAUUGUAUAUCAGAGAAAAUGGUUCUCCUGAAGAACAUGCAAUCUAUGUUUGGGAUCAUUUCAUAGCUCAGUCUGCUGCUGAGAAUGUAUUUUUUGUUGCUCAUAGCUAUGGGGGACUUGCUUUUGUUGAACUGAUGAUUCAACGAGAAGCAGAUGUAAAAAAUAAGGUAACUGCUGUGGCAUUGACAGACUCUGUUCACAAUGUGUGGCAUCAAGAAGCUGGCAAAACGAUUCGAGAAUGGAUGAGAGAGAACUGUUGUAAUUGGGUCUCUAGCUCUGAACCAUUAGACACAUCAGUGGAGUCCAUGCUACCUGAUUGCCCCCGGGUCUCAGCAGAUGUUCUGUAGAAGCCCUGUGCCCUUUGUCAUGGAGCUAAACACAUGCACCAGCUCCAGGAGUCAGAGAUGCUGAAGGAGAAUUCACGGGAAGGUGGAGCAGAUGCGGUCCUAGCUAUUGCCUCACAACACAAGGCAAGCCAGCAGAUAAGUGACAAUGUGUGUGAACUAGAAAUAGCUGCUACUUCACUUUACCUCUCCAAAUUUUCCACCAAAAAAAUCUCCUUUGUGUAUCAUCCUAACCAGAAACAGACAGUAAAGGAAUUCUGGAAAUGUAGUUCAACUAACCAAAUUGACACAUUCAAAAGCCACCACAGUCUACCUUUUGCCAAGUUGGCACGCAGGUACAUCUCCUCAAAAUAGACUUAUUCUCCAAAUAAAGGCAUUAAUAUUAAGAAAAUCAUGCUUCUACUAAAAAUGAUACAGCCAUUGAAAUGUACAAUAGAAAACACACUACAAUCGAAAACACAAUAACCCCUUUCCUAAAAGAGGGAACAAGAUCCCUUUAUUGUCCUUUGCUGAUGUUCAUUCUUCUCACCCUUGGUACGCUGUAAUUUAAAUAUCAGAAAUAAAAGUUAAUUACUUUUGACAGUGCAUUAUAUCAGAUGGUAAGGGAAUAAGAGAACAUGAAAACAAAAAUAUUUUGCUUAUAUGCAUAUACAAAAAUAUUCAUAUCAAAAUAAAUACUACUACAUGCUUUAUUUUUAUAAUCAAUUAUGUACUUAUAGCUGGUAUUUAUAACUCCCUUUUUCUGCUACCCAUUUAGUACAGAUAUACCUCAAAUAUAUAGGGAGAUCCAUUCUAUACAACUGCAAUAAAGCAAAUAUUUAAUGGCAUCUAAAAUGGUGAAUCCUUUCCAGAAGGAUUUCAAGUAACUUUGCCCCAGAUUCAUCAGCAGAAUCACUGUCUCUGGCAUCUAUAGCCUUACAAAAUGUAUUUCUUAAAAUGAGAGUUAAAAGUUGAAAUUACUCUUUGUUCCAUGACUUACAGAAUGGAUGUUUUGUUAGCAGUCAUGAAAACAACGUGAAUCUCCUUGUGUAUCAUCAGAGCUCUUGCAAGACCAGGUCUGUUGUCAAGGAGCAGUAAUUCAAAUGCAUCUUCUCUGAGCAGUAGGUCUUAAUGUCAGGCGUAAAAUCUUCAGUGAACCAUGCUAUAAACAGAUGUGCUGUCAUCCAGGCUUUGUUGUGCCACUUAUAGAGAGCAUAGGUACAGGAGAUUUAGCAUAAUUCUUAAGGGCCCUAGGGCUUUUGGAAUGGUUAAUGAGCAUUGGCUUCAACGUAAAUCAUCAGUUUCAUUAUCCCGUAACAAGAGAAUCAACCUGUCUCUUGAAGCUUUGAAGCCAAACAUUGACUUCCCCUCUCUAGCUAUGAAAGUCCUAGAUGACCAUCAUCUUCUUCCAGUAGAAAGCUGUUUUGUCUACAUUGAAAAUUUGUUGUUUUCGUGUAACUACCCUCAUCAAUGGUGUCAGCUAGAUUUCUGGAUAACUUGCUGCAGCUUCUACAUCAGCACUUGUUGCAUCACCUUGCACUUUUAUGUUACAGAAAUGGCUUCCUUCCUUCCUUAAAUCUCAUGAAGCAACCUCUGCUAGCUUCCAACUUUUCUUCUGCAUCUUCCUCUCCUCUCAGCCUUCAUAGAAUUGAAGAGAAUUAGGACCUUGCUCUGUUUUAGGAUUUGGCUUAAGGGAAUGUUGUGGCUGGUUUGAUAGUCUAACCAGACCACUCAAACUUUCUCCAGAUCAGCAAUAAAGCUGUUUAGCUUUCUUAUCAUUCGUAUGUUCACUAGAGUAGCACUUUUAAUUUCCUCAAGGACUUUUCUUUUGCAUUCACUACUUGGCUAACUGUUUAGGGCCUAAAUUGCAGCCUAUCUUGGCUUUUGACAUGCAUGCCAUCCUAAGCUGAAUCAUUUUUAGCUCUUGAUUUAAGUGAGAGAUAGGCAACUCUUCCUUUCACCUGAAUUCUUGAAGGCCAUUGUAGAGUUAUUCAUUGGCCUCAUUUCAAUAUUGUUGUGUUUCAAGGAAAAGGGAGGUCCCGGGAGAGGGAUAAGGACAGGAAAACUGCUCAGUUUGUAGAACAGUCAGAACAUCUUUAUCAAUUAAGUUCAUUGUCUUCUAUGGGUGCAGUUUAUGGCACCUCAAAACAAUUACAAUAGUAACAUCAAAGAUGUCUGAUCAAGGCUGGGUGUGGCGCUUCAUACCUGUAAUCCCAGUACUUUGGGACGCCAAGAUAAGAGGAUUGCUCAGAGCCAGAAGUUUGAUACAAGCCCAGCUACAAAGCAAGACCCUGUCUCUACAAAAAAAAUAAAAUUUACAUUAGCCAAGCAUGGUGUUGCAAACCUACAGUCCUGGCUACUCAGGAGGCUGAGCAAGAGGAUCACUUGAGCCUAAGAGUUCAAAGCUAUGGUGAGCCAGUGAGCUAAUUGUACUACUACAUUCCAACCUGGAAGACAAAACAAGAACCUGUCUCUUAAAAAAUGAAAGAAAGAAAGAAAUCACUAAUCACAGAUCACCAUAACAUAUGAUAAUAAUGGAAAAGUUUAUUGGCACAGAGUGGCACAAAGUGAGCACAUGCUGUUAGAAAAGUGGUGCCGAUAGACUUCCUUGACAGCAGUGUUGCCAGAAAGCUUGAAUUGGUUUAAAAAAAAAAGCAGUCUGUGAAGUGCAAUAAACUGAAACACAAUGAAAUGAGCCGUGCCUGUAUUCCCUUUGUUCUCAGCAAGCACUUUAAUUGGUCAAGAUUCUUUGCCUGGUGAAAUGACCCACACCUUCAUUUUCAAAGAGUCUCGGCCAUUAGCAGCCCUGCCUGAAUUAGGUGAUCAUACUAUGCUAUUGACCGUAGUUACAGAAAGUACUUACAGGUACUCUAGAGCAUUUCCUGCAUUGCAGAGAUAUUACUUAUUACCCAUUGUGUAGUAGUAACUCAGUUUUCUCUUGGAAAUCAGGAUUUAUCACCCAUUCAGUAUUGUGCUCCCAUCCAGUACAUCCAUGUUCUGUUGAUUCAGUGGCAUAAGAAGACCAAAGUGGCAAGAUUGUCAUCUCAACUUCCAGUUCAAAGGAAUUAUUGUUAUGUCACCAAAUGGAAACAUUUCUCCUUUUUGGAAAUAAGACCUUUAGACCAGCGGAGUCUAAAGUCAUGAGCAUGGGAAGCAAGAUCUCCACUAGUAGAUCACUAAGGGUAAUAGGUAAAGAAGGCAGUCCCAUAUCUGUGCCUUUAUUCCCAGAUUUGGGGCAAAGAGCAACAUAUAUUAAAUGCUGACUUAGAGAAAAGUUCAUAUUUGGAAGAUAUUGUCCAACCACACAAGGUUUUGUCGCCUAACAGGCACAGCUGAGUCUUCAAAAGGUCAUUUCAGCAUUCUGUCAAGCCUGCUGUUUAAGGAUAAUGGGGAACAUGGUAAGAGCAGUGAAUGAUGGCAGACCUCAGGCUCUCUCUUGUCCUCUAGCUUGCUCACUGUGAUGGGAGCCUGCUGCCAGAUUGUAAGCUGCCCUGUGGGGAGGGCCACAUGGCAAGGAACUGUUAUCUCGGGCCAAAAGCCAGGGAGGACCUGAGGUCCACUAACAGCCAUGUGAGUGACCUUAGAAGAAGAUUCUCCCCCACUUGAGCUUUGAAAUAACUACAACCCCAGCCUUGAUUGUAGUCUUGUGAGAGACCCUGAGCUAACAUCACUCAGCUGUGUUCAGAUUUAUGACCCGCGAAAAGUGUGAGAUGAUAAAUGUACAUUGUUUUAAGCUGCCAAUCUUUGGGGAUAUUUGACCCAUAGCAGUAGAUAAUUAAUGCAACAGGCUUAAACUUCAACUCAGGUGGUUGCACAAGCCUACAUAGAAACAACCUUAAACCUUUUUUGAGACUAAAGCCUUGUAAGGCUCCUCUUAUACCUGAUACCUUAGGGUGUAAAAGCACCUCUUUCCAAAGAUGCACUAAAAUGCUUGUUGAAGACAAUUUGUUCCUACCCUUGCUCCCCUACUGAUUAGACUUUGCUGUAUAAUUUAUCAAAAGGAAGAUUAAAUGUCUUCUUUAUCCUACUUGAUCUUAUACUAAGUCACUUUUAUUACUCAGAUCUUCUCUAUUUUUUUUCCUUAGGACAGAAGUUGAUAUUAUGUAUAACUUUUCAUUCCUUGUGGGGUUUUUGUUCUAACAGAUUUGGCCUAAAUCAGAAGGAAAUUUUAUAUACAUUCCCCAGCGCAUAUCCAUUUAUUGCUGAAGUAUUUAUUGACACUUACUGUGUUCCAGGCUUUAUUCUGGAAGCUGGAGACAUAGCAGUGAACAAGAGCUCAUCACAACUAUCUUGUUCUCCAUAAUUUUAAGAAAGAAUGAAUUGCUUUCUGGGCCUGUGCUAGUGAAAAGGCUCUUCGUUUAGAAGCUGGCAUCAACAUUAGGUUGCAUUAAGUAAGAAGUGAGUUAGGGCCAGCACCCCCAGCAUUUCCCACACCUUCUUAUAAAAACUUACCAAUUCUUCAGCCCAACCUAGUGAUUUCCCGCAGAGUCCAUAAAAAUAUGUUGAACAAGAUUAAUUGUUCAACAUUAAUUGAUUGAGGUGAUGGCAGGAAAUUCAAAUAUAAGCAACCAAAGGUUGUUAAAGUACCUUUGAAAUGCCUGAAUUUCUCUGAUCAAUAAUUUCUGUUAUGUGUAAUUUAAAGUGUUAAUAUUAUUUGAAGAUUUCAACAUGUGUACUGGCCACAAAUUAGUACUGGAUACUUAGGCUGUAUAUUCAAUUUAAUGAAGAUUUUUUUUUCCAGCUUUCUAAAUUGUAAGGUGUUUUUCUUCUUAUGAUAUGCUUUGAUCUUUUGACUGAAAGUUUCACAGUGAUAGCAGUAAAAUUACCUGUAAACAUACAUACUCAUUUAAUACUCUGUUUUUUCCUUUAUAACUAGAUUUGCUUUCUUUUACAAAAAAAAAGGUAUGUAUUGGUCAUAAUAACUUCAUUUUAUGAAUGUUACUUACCUGUGUAUAUAUAAUUUAAAAGCAGAUAUAAAAUUUUAAAUUUUUACAUAAAAUAUCACUGAUAUGUUCAGCAUAGUUAUAUUGUUUUAAUUUUUCUUUUUAAAAUUUUACUUAAGUAGAGACAUGGUCUCACAAUGGUGUCCAAGUUGGCCUUGUUGUUCACUAUUAAUGUGUAGGGAUGGCCAGGCACAGUGGCUCAUGCCUUUAUUCCCAGCACUGUGGGAGGCCAAAGCUUGAGGAUCACUUGAGGCCAGAAGUUUGAGACCAGCCUGGGUAACAUAGCAAAACCGCAUCUCCACUAAGAAAUUUUUUAAAAAUUAGCUAGGCAUGGUGGCAUGAGCCUGUAGUCCUAGCUACCUGGGAGGGUGAUGUGGGAGGAUUGCCCAAACCCAGGAGCUCAAGGCUGCAGUGAGCUGUGAUCGUACCACUGCAUUCCAGGUAUAUCUCCACCAUCCACUAUGUACUUAGAUAUAUUUACAUGUAGUGGAUAUUUGAGAGGUCUUGAAUCUAUGUCAUGUGACCGGAUUCUCACUUCUUUUUAUUUACAGUGUUUUCCUUUUGUUGUUGUUGCCUUCUAAAGACCAAAUCUCUUUUUUUUCUUCCAUAGGUUAUUGGGGUACAGGUAGUAUUUGGUUACAUGAGUAAGUUCGUUAGUGGUGAUUUGUGAGAUUUGGGUGCACCCGUCACCUGAGCAGUAUUUGUAGUCUUUUAUUUCUGUGUACAUUGCACCAUCUUUGUGGUCUUUUAUUUCUUGCCCCACUCCCAGUCUUCCCCUCAAGUCCCUAAAGUCCAUUGUAUCAUUCUUAUGCCUCUGUGUCCUCAUAGCUUAGCGCUCACAUAUCAGUGAGAACAUAGGAUAUUUGGUUUUACAUUUCUGAGUUACUUCACUUAGAAUAAUAGUCUCCAAUCUCAUCCAGGUCUCUGCAAGUGCUGUUAAUUCAUUCCUUUCUAUGGUUGAGUAGUAUUCCAUUAUAUAUAUACACACACACACCCCCACAGUUUUUUAUCCACUUGUUGAUUGAUGGACAUUUGAGUUGGUUCCACAAUUUUGCAGUUCUGAAUUGUGCUGCUAUAAACAUAUGUGUGCAGGUGUCUUUUUCAUAUAAUGAUUUAUUUUCCUCUGGGUAGAUACCCAGGAGUGGGAUUGCUGAAUCAUAGGUAGUUCUACUUUUAGUUCUUUAAGGAAUCUCCACACUGUUAUCCAUAGUGGUUGUACGACUUUACAUUCCCACCAGCAUCCACACCAGCAUCUAUGUUUUUAAAAUUUUUUAUUAUGGCUGUUCUUGCAGGAGUAAGGUAUAGCACAUUGUGGUUUUGAUUUGCCUUUCCCUGAUCAUUAGUGAUCAUUAGUGAUGUUGAGCAUUUUUUCAUGUUUGUUGGCCAUUUGUAUAUCUUCUUUUGAGAGUUGUCUAUUCAUGUCCUUAGCACACUUGUUGAUGGGAUUGUUUCUUUUUUACUGAUUUGUUUGUGUUUAUUGUAGAUUCUAGAUUAGUCCUGUGUCAGAUGUAUAGAUUGUGAAGAUUUUCUCCUGCUCUGUGGGUUGUUCUGUUUACUCUGCUAACUGUUCCUUUUGCCAUAUAAAAGCUCUUUAGUUUAAUUAAGUAACAGUUAUUUAUCUUUGUUUUUAUUGCAUUUGCUUUUGGGUUCUUGGUCAUGAAAUCCUUGCCUAAGCCAAUGUCUAGAAGGGUUUUUCCAGUGUUAUCGUCUAGAAUUUUUAUAGUUUUCAGUCUUAAGUUUAAGUCCUUAAUCCAUCUUAAGUUGAUUUUUUAUAAGGUGAGAGAUGAAGAUCCAGUUUCAUUCUCCUACAUGUGGCUAGCCAAUUGUUCCAGUAUAAUUUGUUGAAUAGGGUGUCCUUUCCCCACUUUGUGUUUUUGUUUGCUUUGUCAAAGAUCAGUUGACUGGAAGUAUUUGAGUUUAUUUCCAGGUUCUCUAUUCUGUUCCGUUGGUCUAUGUGCCUAUUUUUAUACCAGUACCAUGCUGUUUUGGUGACCUUAUCACAUAGUUUGAAAUCAGGUAGUAUGAUGCCUCCAGAUUUGUUCUUUUUGCUCAGUCUUGUUUUGGCUGUGCAGGCUCUUUUUGGUUUCAUGUGAAUUUUAGAAUUGUUUUUUACAGGUUUGUGAAGAAUGACAGUGGUAUUUUGAUUGAUAGUGCAUUGAAUUUACAUAUUGCUUUUGUCAGUAUGGUCAGUGUUCACAUUAUUGAUUCUACCCAUCCAUGAGCAUGGGAUGGGUUUCCAUUUGUUUGUGUUGUCUUAUGAUUUCUUUCAGCAGUGUUUUGAAGUUCUCCUUGUAGAGGCCUUCCGACUUCUUGGUUGGGUAUAUUCGUAAGUAUUUUAUUUUAUUUUUUGCAGUUCUUGUCAAAGGGGUUGAGUUCUUGAUUUGAUUCUCCGCUUGGUUGCUGUUGAUGUACAGAAGCGCUAAUGAUUUACGUACAUUAAUCUUUUAGCUGGAAACUUUGCUGAAUUCUUUCAUCAGUUCUAGGAGCUAUCUAGAGGAGACUUUAGGGAUUUCAAGGUAAACAAUCAUAUUGUCAGCAGUGACAGUUUGACUUCCUCUUUAACAAUUUGGAUGUCCUUUGUUUCUUUCUCUUUUCUGGUUGCUCAGUCUAGGAUUUCCAGUACUAUGUUUAAGAGGAGUGGUGAGAAUGGGCAUCCUUGCUUUGUUCCAGAGGAAAUGCUUUCCACUUUCCUCCAUUCAGUAUUAUGUUGGCUGUGGGUUUGUCAUAGAUGGCUUUUAUUACAUUAAGGUAUGUCCCUUGUAUGCCAAUUUUGCUGAGAGUUUUAAUUAUAAAGUGGUGCUGGAAUUUGUCGAAUGCUAUUUCUGCAUCUGUUGAGAUGAUUAUGUGAUUUUUGUUUUUAAUUCUGUUUAUGUGGUAUAUCACAUUGAUUGACUUGUGUAUGUUAAACCAUCCCUGCGUCCCUGGUGUGAAACCCAGUUGAUCAUGGUGGGUAAUCUUUCGGUUAUGUUGUUGGAUUCAGUUAGCUAGUAUUUUGUUAAAGAUUUUAGCAUCUAUGUUUACCAAGAGUGUUAGUCUGUAGUUUUUGUUUUGGGUUAUGUCCUCUCCUGGUUUGGGUAUUCUAGUGAUGCUGGCUUCAUAGGAUGAAUUAGGCAGAGUUCCUUCUUUCUCAGUCUUAUGGAAUAGUGUCAAAAGGGUUGGUAGAAAUUCUCUUUGAAUGUCUGUUAGAAUUCUGCUGUGAAUCCAUCUGGUCCUGGACAUUUUUUGUUGGUAAUUUUUUUAUUACCAUUUCAAUCUCACUGCUUGUUAUUGGUCUGUUCAUGGUAUCUAAUUUUCCUUAUUUACUAAGAGGAUUGUAUUUUUCCAGGAAUUUAUCUGUCUCUUCUAGGUUUUCUAAUUUAUGUGCAUAAAGAUGUUCAUAGUAGCCUUGAAUGAUCUUUUGUAUUUCAGUGGUGUUAGUUGUAAUAUCUCCUGUUUUGUUGCUUAGUGAGGUUAUUUGGAUUUCUCUCUUCUUUUCUUGGUUAAUCUUGCCAAUGGUCUAUUUUAUUUAUCUUUUCACACAAUCAGCUUUUUGUUUCAUUUAUCUUUGUAUUGUUUUCUUUUGUUUCCAUUUGAUUUCAUUCUGCUCUGAGCUUGAUUAUUUCCUUUCUUCUGCUGGGUUUAGGUUUUAUUUGUUCUUAUUUCUCUAGUUCCUUGAGAUGUGACCUUAGAAUGUCAGUUUUUACUCUUUCAGUCUUUUUGAUAUAGGUGUUUAGGACUAUGGACUUUCCUCUUAGCACCGCCUUUGCUAUAUCCCAGAGAUUUUGGUAAGUUGUUUCAUUAUUGUUGUUCAGUUCAAAGAAUUUUUUAAUUUCCAUUUUGAUUUCAUUUUUAACCCAGUACUCAUUCAGGAACAGAUAAUUUAAUUUCCAUGUAUUUGCAUGGUCUUGGAGUUGAUUUUCAGUUUUAUUCCACUGUGGUCUGAUUGAAUGCUUGAUAUAAUUUCAAUUUUCUUAAGUUUACUGAGGCUCAUUUUAUGGCCUAUCAUAUGAUCUAGCUUAGAGAAAAUUCCAUGCACUGUUGAAUAGAAUGUGUAUUCUGUGGUUGUUGGAUGAAAUAUUCUGUAUAUAUCUGAUAAGGCCAUUUGUACCAAGGUAUAGUUUAAAUCUAUUGUUUCUUUGUUGACUUUCUGGCUUGAUGACCUGUCUAGUGCUGUCAGUGGAUUAUUGAAGUCCCGCACUAUUUUUGUAUUGCUGUCUAUCUCAUUUUUAAGGUAGAUUAGUAAUUGUUUUUAUAAAUUUGGGCGCUCCAGUGUUAGAUACAUAUAUAUGUUUAGGACUUUCCUGUUUGACAAGGCCUUUUACCAUUAUAUAAUAUUCCUCUGUCUCUUUUAACUGUUGUUGCUUUUAAGCUUGUUUUGUCUGAUACAAAAAUAGCUACCCCUGCUCGCUUUUGGUGUCCAUUUGCAUGAAAUGUCAUUUUCUACCCAUUUACUUUAAGUUUAUGUGAGUCCUUAUGUGUUAGGUGAGUCUCCAGAAGGCAGCAGGUAGUUGGUUGGUGAGUUCUUACCCAUUCUGAGAUUCUGUAUCUUUUAAGUGAAAUAUUUAGGUCAUUUUAUUCCAUGUUAGUAUUGAAAUGUGAACCAUUGCAUUCCUUCUGCUCUUUGUUCCCUGUGUACUUGUUCUUUUGUUUUUGCUUUUUAACUUGUAUUUUUGUUUUGUAGAUCCUGUGUGAUUUAAGUGUUAAAGAGGUUCUGUUUUGAUAUGUUUUCAGGAUUUGUUUAAAGAUUUAGAGCUCUUCUUCUUAGCAGUUCUUGUAGUGGUGGCUUGGUAAUGGUGAAUUCUUUCAGCAUUUAUCUGAAAAAGACUGUAUCUUUUAUAUGUGAUGCUUAGUUUCACUGGAUACAGAAUUGCUAGCUGAUAAUUGUUUUGUUUGAAGAGGCGAAAUAAAGAAAGGGCCCCAAUCGCUUCUGGUUUGUAGGGUUUCUGCUGAGAAAUCUGCUGUUAAUCUGAUAGGUUUUUCUUUUCUUUUUUCUUCUUUUCCUUUUUUUUUUCUUUGAGACAAAGUCUUGCUCUGUGGCCAGGCUGGAGUAUAAUGGCAGGUUCAAGCGAUUCUCCUGCCUCAGCUUCCUGAGUAGCUGGGACUACUGAUGCAUGCCACCAUACCCAGCUAAUUUAUUUUAUUUUAGUAGAGACAAGGUUUCACCAUUUUGGCCAGGAUUAUCUCCAUCUCUUGACUUCAUGAUCCACCUGCCUCAGCCUCCCAAAGUGCUGGGAUUACAGGCGUGAGUCACCAUGCCCAGCCUCUGAUAGGUUUUUCUUUAUAAGUUACCUGGUGCUUCUGUCUUAUGGCCCUUAAGAUUCUUUCCUUCGUCUUAACUUUAGAUAACCUGAUGACAAUGUGCCUAGGCAAUGAUCUUUUUGCAAUGAAUCUCCCGGGUGUUCUUUGUGCAUCUCGUAUUUGGAUGUCUAGGUCUCUAACAAGGCUGGGGAAGUUUUCCUCAAUUAUUCCCCCAAACAUGUUUUCCAAGCUUUUAGAAUUCUCCUCUUCAGGAAUACCAAUUAUUCUUAGGUUUGGUCAUUCAACAUAAUCCCAGACUUCUUGAAGGCUUUGUUCAUAUUUUCUUAUUCUUUUUUCUUUAUCUUUUUUGGAUUGGGUUAAUUCGAAGACGUUGUAUUGGGUUAAUUCAAAGACCUUGUCUUUGAAUUCUGAAUUUCUUUCUUCUGGUUGUUCAAUUCUAUUGCUGAGACUUUCCAGAGCAUUUCACAUUUCUAAAAGUGUGUCCAAAGUUUCCUGAAUUCUUGAUUGUUUUUUCUUUAAGCUAUCUAUUUCCUUGAAUAUUUCUCCCUUCAUUUCUUGUACUGUUUUUUGAAUUUCCUUGUAUUGGGUUUUGCCUUUCUCUGGUGCCUCCCUGAUUAGCUUAAUAACUGACCUCCUGAAUUCUUUUUCAGGGAAAUCAGGACUUUCUUCUUGGUUUGGAUCCAUUGCUGGUGAACUAGUGUGAUUUUUGGGGUGUGUCGAGAAGCCUUGUUAUGUCAUAUUACCAGAGUUAGUCUUCAGGUUCCUUUUCAUUUUGGUAGUCCCUGUCCAAGGGAAGGUCUAGGGCUAAAGGCUUUCAUUUAGAUUUUUUUGUCCCGUGGGUGUUCCCUUGAUAUACUACUCUCCCCCUUUUCCUAUGGAUGUGGUUUCCUAUGAGCCGAACUGCAGUGAUUAUUGUCUCUCUUCUGGGUCUAGCCACCCAGCUAGUCCGCCUGGUCCGGGCUGAUAGUAGGCGCUGUCUGUAUAGGGUCCUGUGAUGUGAACUGUCUAUGGGAUUCUCAGCCAUGGAUACCAGCACCUGUUCCAAUGGAGGUGGUGGUAUGAGGUGUGCAAUGAACUCUGUAAGUAACGGUUCUUAGUUUUGGUGGUUUAAUGCUUUAUUUUUCUGCUUGUUGGCAUCCUGCCAGGAGGUGGCGCUUUCCAGAGAACAUCAGCUGUAGUAAUAUCCAGAGGGACUGGCAGUGGGCAGGGCCCUAGAACUUCCAAGAUUAUAUGCCCUUUGCCUUCAGCUACCAAGGUGGGGAGGAAAGGACCAUCAUAUGGGGCAGGGCUAGGCGUGUCUGAACUCAAACUCUCCUUGGGUGGGUCUUGCUGUGGCUACUAUGGGGCCUGAGGGUGAGAUUCCCAGGUCACUGGAGUUGUGUACCUAGAAGGAUUAUAGCUGCCUCUGCUGAGUCAUGCAGUUGUCAGAGAAGUGGGGGAAAGUGGGCAGUCACACACCUCACCCAGCUCCCACAUAAAUUGAAGGGCUGGUGUCACUCCCACCAUGCCCCCGACAACAGCUCCAAGUCUAUGUGCAGGCGGAGGGCAAAACAGGCUUGGAAAAUUGCCCCAGGUUACUUGCCUCCCAGCUGCAAAAGAAAAGGGCUUGGUUCUUCCCCUGCCCGUGGAGUCUGCACAUCAGAUUUGCACCCUUCCCCAAGUUCUGGCCAGGAGGCUUCUCACCCUGUUCAAAUUGUUACAAAGUUCAGCUAGAGAUUUUCUUCCCUGUGUGGAACUUUACCCCCUACUCCUCUGGCCGCCCUCUCGAUGGAUCCCUGUGGUGCCAGUCAGGUGUGGCCUACUAGGGGACCCAGUGAUCUCCCAGGGCCUUUCUGCUGCUUCCCCUACCCCUGUAUUUUGCUUGGCUCUCUAAAUCAACUCAACUCCAGGUAAGGUCAGAAACGGCUCCCAUAAAUAGACCUUCAUUUUCUCCAGUGGGGGUGUGUGUUCAGGAGUGGAGGCUCUUCCUUUCCCACUUCCGCAAUUGCGGCACUCACAGUCUUUGGUGUAUCUCCCAGGUCCUUCAGGACCAGUCCUCUGCCUUCAGAGUGUUUGUGGGUCCUCUCAGGAUUCAAUCUGGAGCUAGAAUUCACAAUGCAAGCCUGCCUGCUGCUCUGUCCAGAGCUGCAAUCUAGUCCUGACCCUUAUCAGCCAUGAUGAUCUUACCUCCUCUAAAGACCAGUUCGCACUCUAUUUAUAGUAUUUUCUACUCGUAAAAUUGGCCAAUUAAGGGUACUGUUAUUCAGAGAAGGAUGUAUCAGUUAAGAGGAUCUGUAUUUAUUUUAUAGUCCAUAUUUUAAUUAUUUAUUAUAAAGUGGCAACAGUAAAUAUCUGCCUCACUUAUCUUGUAUAAAUAUGAGGAUAAUUUGUAUAUUUUCAGAGGAACACUUUGAAUUCGUCAGAAGAAAGACACUGAAGAAUUCCGCAGGGUACUAUAUAUUAUUACCAUUAGGUAUUUUAAACUUUAAGCCUAUAAUUUAAAACUAUUAUUGAUUAUUUUAGUUCUAUAGGACUGAAAAGACAUUUGCAGAAAUACUGUCUUUGAUUUUCCUGUUUCUAUUUAUAUUUAUAGAGAACAAAUAACUUAUUUAUUUAGGCUUUCCUAUGUUGUCUGGGGCAUUGAUAAGGAUCACAAAAUAUUAUACAAAAAUCAGAGCCACAGAAAGAUGAUAGAAAGUAUAGUGAAUAAAUUAAAAGGAAAACUAAUAGUUGAAAGAAAAAUAUUCAUAGUACAUAGAAAUAUGGAAGCAAUAAAACUGAGAAAGACAUUGGGUAGCAGUUAGUAAAAUUAGAAAUGAUGUGCUGCUCCCCCAAAAUAUUCCAUUUAAUAUUUGACUGUGUAUGAGGAGGUAUUCUGUCAGGGUAAGAGGAAAGGAAAAUAUAAAUGUUUGAAAACAGACAAGGUUGUAGAGCAUUGAUAUCUUCUGACUUCUUACAAGUCUGCACAGCUUGCUUUGGGUGGUGCAUGAAUGACAAGAUACUCUUUGCUAGAUUGGUUCUACCUGUUUGGAGAGGUGCUGCUGCUAAGGCUUACAGACUUUCAGCCCCCUCCAGAUGUGCUCCCUAAGUGCCUUUGAGUAUGUCCAUUCAGUCUUCAUUCAGUGAGUAGUUGUUGUGUUCAAGGCAUUGCUCUGGGUACCAGGGAUACAGGAGUGAAUUGCAAUGGAUGAAGGUCCCACACAGAGCUUACCUUCUAGUAAGGGAGACUAACAGUAAUCAAGAUAAGUUAGAAAAGUAUAUAGGAUGUCAGAAGUUUAUUGUCUAUCUGCCCUAUUAGAAUGCAAGUUCCAUGUAGGAGAAAAUAAAAAGCAGGAAGGGAGGACCUGUAGAAUGUGUUUCUGGAAGAGAGGGUAAGAAUUUUGAGACCCAUUUACCAGUCCUUUAAGAUUUAUGGUAACCAUAAAGCAGAGUUACCAGCAAAUUAUUAUUAUUCCACUACUCCUAAGGUGGCUAUAGGAAAGUAUAGCAUUUGUGCAGCACUCUAGGCAUCACAGACAAGGUUACUUAUAUCCAGAGGUAGAUGGACAGAGUCCUGCGACCUCACAUGCCUCCUAUCUGACCUGAUGAGGGGAUCUUGACCUGCGUUUGGCCACUUUGUACCAGGCACACAGGACAGAAAGCUCUACUUUACAGUGCUAUCUUUUUGCAUGAUAUUGAGGAAAAACUUGAACCUAGAUUCACUAAAACUAUGUUGUCUAAAGGCCUGAUGCCUGUCAGCAUAUUUUCUCCCAGAGCUAAUAACCAUCACAUUAUUCCUUGCUCCUACUAUAGCUUAGAUGGGCAUUUUUCUAUUAUUUCAGCUUUCCUAGAACACUUGAUAUAAAUCUAGGCACUUCAAAAUUAGAAAGAUAACAAUACAGUAAAUGUAUUUUAAAAAAAAAAAAAGAGGAAGAAGAAGAAAGGAAAAGGAAAACAACCAAGCAUAGUAGAUUCUUCUGGGUUAAGAAUUAAACUUGAGAAGUUCCUCUGUUUAGAUGGUCCUUUCUUGGGUUUGGAUGUAAAGAAGGGGAACAUCGAUCAUAGGUACCUAACUACUAAGCGCUGUUUUCUCACCAGAACAUGAAGUGGAAAUUUAGCAAUUAUGAGAUGAAUUUGAAUUGUAGGCAACCUGCUAAUGUAACCCUAAUUUUUAUUUGCUUAAAUAGUCCAAAUUGACUGUUUGCACUGACUAAACUUACUGAAUAUUUGCUAAAUAGUCACUUCCCUUUAUUGCUGAAAAUACCUCUUGAGGAUAUGCCACUAAGUUAUAUCUCUUCUUUGUUAGUGAAUAAUCACUUCCUUCUAAAGAUAGCAAUGAAAAAUCAACAGUAAUUGCCUGUAGAAUGUGGUGUCACUCAGAAUGUGUAGACAGGUUGAGUUGUCUAAUAUGUUUUUAGACACAGCUCAAAUUAAUUAGGUAAUUGAAAAUCUAUACUUUGCCUUGUAAACAUAUCUUAAAAUUCAAGGCAUAUUAGCAUAUAUGAUACUGUACCACUUUUGACUGUGUGUUCUGCUCAAGAAGUAUAGCAUUCCUGUUUGCAUUCGAAAGUUAUUCUAAUUCUUUAAGUGAUGUUUUCAUGAACUAAAUAACACUUUUCAGACAGUUUUUAUUGCUGUAGAAUUAACCUUAUAGCUUUUCAUUAUCAGUUCCUCUAUUCAGUGUUGUUUGCUACCUUAUAAUUAUUAGUUAAUGUAAGGGAUGAGUAUUGUAAAAGUUGACCACCAGGAACUCUGUGUUUUUAGUUUAUCAUUCAUAAUAAAUAGUUGGAAUCAGGAACUCUAAGGAAGUAAUUAAUUAAGUAUAAAAUCUUUAUUUAUAUUGAUUAUUAGUAUAUAUAAUCAUUUGCCCUGAUUAUAUAUAUUUUAUCAGAUCCAAUAUUAUCCUGUGACUUUGACUUUUUCAGUUUUCCAGUAAUCACAGUGAAUAUAAGUAGUCUCACUCCAAAAAUCUCACUUUAAAAAAAUUAAAAAUAGCCACCAUGUUUUUUACAGCUUUCUGAACCAAUUUGUGAAAAAUCCUUAGAAGAAUUUGGCAGUAAAGGUGGCAACUCUCCUUUUCCUGAGCUAACUCUUCUCUUUGAAGAUAAAUUUUUUUAACUAAUUAUUUUGGGAAUGCUUUCAGAUAAAUUACUGAAUAAUAAGAAUUUGUGUUUGUACUUUAAGUUUUAAGUUCUGAGUUAAUAUGGAAAUACUAUUCCUUUUACUCUCCCAUAAGACUAUCUUUAUGGCUCUUAAUGUUCUGACUGUAAUUGUUGGAAAAAUAAGUCAGGGACCAGUGGUACCUAAGACAGACAUUUUCAUCCUUUGUAUCAUAUGUUAAGUCUUGAUCUCCCUUCCUAUGGCUGUCUUUGCUUCAUUUGCCCUCUGUUAGUUCUGUCUUGGUCACUGCCCUUGAUGAACUUCUCUAUGUCUAUUGAUUGACUCUCUCAUCUGGCUUCGUCUCUAUGCCAUGUCUUUCUGGCUUCCAGUCUCCCUGACCUAAAGACUCUGCCCUUCCAACCCAUGGAAUCACAUCUUCCGCAGCCCACAUGUUUCUUUUUAACCUUGCCUGACUGUGGUUUGCCUGGGUUCACUUGCCCUUCACUUCCCUCUGACAUGGACUCUGUGUCUCCCUCAAGCCACAACGCUCACUGUCUGCUCUCACCUAUACAUUCUGUGUGCCCCUAUGUACACCCGCUCAGCCUGCCCUGUCUGGCUUGUCAUAGACAGACUGACAGCAAGUCACCACUGAUAAAUCUGUCUGCAUCCCCAAAUAUUCUCAAAACAUACAUCUUCAGAGAAACUGCAUUGCUUUCUAGAGGUGAUUUGGGAUAUCUAAAAUAUAUCUUCUUUGGUACUAAAAUGAAUAUUCAAAGUGAACAUUAGACACUAUGCUUAAGCCAAAUAUUAUUUAUUUAUAAAAUCUCAAGAUGUUCAGACAUGAUUAUCAGCACUUUAAAAGUAGGAGUGUAAUUUUUUAAGUUUUUGCUAUUUUAUAUUUCUUAAAAUAUAGUCUCUUUCCAAAGGAAAAUAGUUCUAUUUAAUGAUAAAUUUUAGAGAUAAUUAUUUUGAAUUAAUGACUUUGUUUGGAUUAAUGAGUUUGUAGGUGCAAAAAAUUAAUUUAACUGACAUUUGAUGUCUAAAUGUUCUUUGAGACCUUGUGCUAGCAUUUCUGAUCAUAGUGCCUGGUAAUGUCCCCUUCAGCCAUACAUACAUGACCCUAACUGUUUGAUAUAUUAUACCAAUAAGUGAAAAAAUCUUUUACCAGCUAGUUUAUAGAUUUUUGCAUAACUGCAUGGCACAAUCCUUGAUAUAAUUCAAUUGUAUUAUAUAAUUUCUUAAUUUCUGAAGUGCUAUAGAAGCAACUUGUUAAAGAAAAAGUUGGGGCAAAAAAAAUACACCCCAUUUUAAGCAUUUUGUAGCAAUGAUUUCUAUAAAUGAGACUUUUUAAGGAGACCCUAAGUUAAAAGUUAUGAAUAAUCGAAAAUCAAAAUUGGCAUGAAGAUUCUUUUGUUAUUUGCUAAUUUCAGACUUUUAAAAUUUUAUUUACUUUUAAAAAAUUCUCUUCAAAGAAAUUUAGUCUUCUACCAGUUUUAAUGUAUGUGAAAUCAUAGCUGGACCUCUCCUUCUCAGUUUUCAGAUGGAAGGUGAUUAAAUUUAGAAUAAGACAUUGUUGGCUUUGUAUGAUGGCUCUUGACUAUUAUCCCAGCACUUUGGGAAGCAAAGGUGGGAGGAUGGCUUGAGGCCAGGAAUUUGAGACCAGCCUGGGCAACAUAGUGAGACCCCAUCUUUACAAAAAAAUUAAAAAAUUUAGCUAGGCAGGGUGGAGCAUGCUUGUCGUCCCAGCUACCUGGGAGGCUCAGAUGGACAGAUCGCUUGAGGCUGGGAGGUUGAGGCUGCAGUGAGCCUUGGGUGUGCCACUGCACUCCAAUUUGGGCAACAGAAUGAGACCCAUCUCAAAAAUAAAAUAAGACAUGGUUAAUUUAAGGCCACAGAUAUAACCAAUAUGUAGGAAAGCUAUUAUAUGUGAAAUUAGAGCUACUCAGUUUGAAUAUUACAGUUUAGAUUUUUGACAUAUUUUUCUUAUGAAGGAAUAAUCACUCAGAGUUAUUUGUUUUUGUUUUUCAUUAAAAACAAUAUCAAGCAUGUAAAAAUCAGCAUAAAUAGCAAAGCUUGAAAUUUUAAAUAAUCCAGAUUUAAUUAUUUUACCAAUUAGUUAAUUGUGUUCAAUUCAUUCCCCCCAAAUUAGAGUCUAAUUCAAUGUCUUACCCUAAUUUGAGUUAUUCUUGAUUCUCUUGAGGCAAGAAACUAACUGUAAAUAUUUAUUCUUGAAUUCCACAGAGUUGUAUUGAACACCUAAUCUGUAUUAGGCACCAAUCUAGGUUUCAAGGGUAUAAAAAGUAUUAGACAUGACUUCUGCUCCUAAGGAGCUCACAGCCUCCUAGAAGUCUUGUGUUUAUUGCAAAGAUUGGGAGUGAGGAGGUAAAGGGCUAUGAGCUCUUUUAGAAUCCACGAGUAACACCUAGUUCACCAACAUCCUUUUUUAUUAAAUGAUACUCUAAUGUCCUUGAAGAGUUAAUGCAUCUUCUGAAAGUAUCCACUUUUCUUCCAUCAUGAAAACCUGACUUUUUACUCUAGAUAUUCAAAACAAGCAUAUUUUAACUUGUCAUUUCAAACUCUUUAAUAGUAGUAUGUCAGCAUUUAUCAGGAGGAUCUUUGGAUUUAUCAUGACCGUGGGAAAUUUGUAUUUUCCCAAAUAUGUGGAGAAUAGUGGCCAGAUAAAUAUCCACAAUCACAUUGUCUGUAAAAUAGGGUAAGACUAGUAUCAUCUCAUUGAGUUCUAUUAAGUGAAAUAAUUUAUAUAGAGUUCUUAAAACAGUACCUAGCAUAUAGUAAGAACUUCAUAAUUCCUCAUUUUGCAUAGUUUUGAUAUACACGAAUUUCUAUUACCAUGGUUUAGUUAAAUAUCACCAGUUCCCCAGAAAACAAGGUUCAGAGUUCAGUUUCCACAACAUACUAUGUGUAAUUGCAUUAAGCACAAACUUUGCCACUAGCCCUUCAGUCCACAGAUCUGUAUGUGAAUAACAGAUGCACAUCAUGAUCAAUGGCCAAUCACAUUUUUUUUCAGACUCUGUCACUGAUUGGUCAUAUCAUAUCUGCUUUCAGUUCAUGUACAGAGGGCAUUGUCUCCCAUUUUACAAGAGUAAAUGAUCAAAAGAGAGACUUGGCCAAUACAGAUGACAGUGCAGUAAAGAAAUGAAACACUGGAAAUGAAGUUGAAAGUGUUUAUAACAAAAAAGAUGAAGAUGUCCCAGAGAAAGUGACACUGGCAAACCAAAAAGCAAGACAAAAGACUCUCAUGUUAAAUGAACUCUCAGAGCUACUUCACAACAUUGAAAGUGCAAAGGAUAAAAUGUUGAAAGCUGAUUCAAGCUUAAGAUUGUGACAUUUUGCCCACACAUAGAAAAUAUAUGAUUGAACCAUACUAUAAGUGAUAUAAUUAAAAGAAGACAAGCACUGAUCAAUAGACUUUAAAUAAGUUUUUUUCAUAAAAAUAAAGCACUUUAAUUCUCAAUGUUUCUAAUGUUUAAUUUACAGCAUACUAAAUGAAAUUAGUUUUAUUAUUUUUUCUUUAUUUUUAGCUGACUAUAAGGAUUUUUAACAUUUUGACAAGAAAAAUUUAGAGGUCAUAGAAAACUCAUAAUUUAUCCUGUUGAUUAUUAUGAUCACUUUGCAUGGUUUCAGCUUGUAUGGUCAUUUUUAUAGUUCUUCAUUAUCAUGCAAAGCAAGGACAUCCUGUAGUUGUUAUUAACAAUUAUUUUGUCCACCAAGUCAAGUAUUAACAAUGUUAGGAAAACUGUUCAUUGCUUUUCAGUAUUUCAGAAUUUUAAAACUUGGUAAUUUCUUUCCUGCUUCUGUCUUUGUAUUUUCAAAGUAUGUACAUUCUAAUUCUAGUCAGGUCUUACCAUAGGGUUACCCUCAGAGCCUCCUGAUAUAUCUUACACAGAAGUACAGUAUUUAAACUCCUUAUUUUACUGUUCUUCAAUAUUCUACCCUAUUUCUUCAUUCUCCUAAAUCUUCUACCUUAAUUCCAUGCUAACCUUUUCCUUUUAUUUUUUUUUUCUGCUAAUAUCCUAUUCUUCCAUACUCUCCUUCAACCCCUGAAAGCCUGUCAGUUCUUUAAUACAUUGUCUUCCUUUCAAAAUGACACCUGCCCUAGAACAUAUCCUUAAGAGAAACUUCUUUAAAUUACUGGCUUCUUCCUUAUGUUUCAUCUACAUUUCUGUCAAGAAAAGACCAAUGGCUUGCUUGAAUUUAAAUUAUUACAGAAAAUUCUUUGUAAGAAAAAUGUAAAAUUCUAGCUGGACGUCUAGAUUAGCACUUGCCAACAAUGACGUGAUUGGCAACAAAAGAAUUGAAAAUAAAUACUGUGCAUUUUUUUUCACUGUAUACACUUUUGUGCCUCUUGAGCCAUGUGAUUGUGUAGGUGAAUAUUUUUUUAAAAAGUGAAAUUUACAUUAACUAAAUCAUCAUAAUAGAAGUCUUGCUUUCAGUUUUCCACUCACAGUGGUUUGAUAUAAUUACCUCCAAGAGUUCUGAGGCUUUCAGAAGAUGAAACCUUCAUCUGCCUAAUGUUUUCUGCACACACAUAGAAUGAAGAGCAGGCUGCUGAGAACUUGAGGAAUGGACUAGAGGCAGAUAAAUUUUGAUUUGGGCAUGAGUAUUUUGCUCAAAAAGAGGCUGACAACCUGAUUUGUUCUCUUUAAGACCUUUGAGAUUAUAGUAAGGUGACUUGAAGAGGAUUCAGUUUGAUAGGCUGACUGAAAGCUGUCUGAAUAUUUGCCGGGUUUAAAAUGCUGGAAGAAGUUUUCAAUCUAUAUAUUUAGGUAAAUUUUGCUUAGAAUUUUUAGUCUGUUACUACCUCUUGAAUUUUCCAUGGUCAUUGCUGCAUUUAAUGUUAGUUAAAGAGUUCAUUUUUCAGACCAAAAAAAAAAAAAAAAUCAGUGACUCUGUUAGGCUUAUUUCAGUUCAUAGUUUCCUAAAGAGAUUCCAGGGAAAUUCUCAGAAGCCUCAAACUUGUGAUGGUAAUAGCACCAACAUCAAUUAAUUUGGAAUCUCUUUAAAAAAAAAAAAAAUUCUCACAACACUUAAAAGAGUUAUCUGCUGUACACAGAAAUUCUUUUCUACUUCUCGAUUUACUCCUCUAAGCCCAUUUCACAUCAUGAUUACUAGUUUCAUUGGUCAUAAGCUGUCAUUUUUGUUAGUAUAUUUUACUGUGCCGUGUAAUGAAAAAUUUUUCGUUAAACCAGUUGUGCAUCUCCUACUCUAAAAUGGAAGCAGAGUGAUAAUUUGAAUGUAGAGCAUAGUCACUGCACCCUGACUAGAGUAAUCAAUGCAAGAACAUCCUUAAAUCUUUUCUUCUGUAACAAGGGCAAACUCAGCUAAAAAGUUUGUUUAAAUCAUGCUUGGCAUAACAAGAGCCUUUAAACUUUAUCUAUCUCUGACUGUCUGUGAAUAUACCUGACUCAUCAUCAUAGUGCCUUUCAACUCAGCCCCACUCAGCUCAACUGCUCUUCCUGCCUUAUACAGAUAUUUAAAAUUCCUUAAGGCUUCUGGUGAAGGCUGCAGGGUUUUUAUACUUAAUAUUAUUUUAUAGCACAGGAAGUUCAUAACUCAUGAAUAUCUGACAUUUGCAAAAUAAAAUGGAGGGCCUUUUUUGUGUAUACUCUAACUCUGUUUUUGGUCUCUGACUGUGUGGUGGUUGUAUAACAUUUGUGUCAUAAGCAUUUGUUUCUAAGCAGCAAUUACAUCAGAGUAAAGCCAUUUUAAAAAUACGAAAAGGAACAGCAGCAAGAAGAAGUAAUGAUUUUAAAAAGUCCUUCAUAAUCUUAAUCUGAAAUUGAAGAAAUCAAAGAAAUCUGCUAGCAACACUACUACAUUAUAGCUUUUCUCCACAUAUAAAAGCAUCUUGUAUUACUGUUAUUUACAAGUGGCUGUUCUUUCACCCAUGUUCUUGUCCUCUGUUAUCUCCUAUACAGAAUAGUACUAUUAUCUAUUAUGAAAAUUAUCUUGAAAAGCAAUAAAUUAUCCUGUUUAGAACCUACACUGAUUUGAUUAGCUCUGUUUCUAUGUUAUUACAACAUAAAUGUUCUUAUUGUACAUACUUUAUUAGUUUUUCUUAAUUGCAUAACUUAUCUUUGAUGGCUCACUUUGCUUUAUAUAGUUUAGUAAAAAUCCACACAAAGGAUUGACAGUUAAUCAUUUCAGUGUAUUUCCAGGUAGUUCCCAGUGAACUAAAUUGUUGUAAUUUGUGAUGUUAACUCUUUCACUGUGAGGAGGGAGGCACUGUUCCUUAAUCAGCUGCAAGAGUUUUCCUGGAUUACUGACUUUACUCCCUGGAUGCAGAGAGGGUCUUCCCAGUAUCUAGUCUCUGCAUCUUGUCUUCUGCUUUAGCCUUUUGUCUUGCUUCUUGACUAAUAUGAUUCUUGAGGUUCUACACCUGCUCAUCCUAAGGGCAAUACCUUUACACCACAAUGCCUGGUCAGUGCUAACUUUACUAGGACAUCUGCAGAGUAGGGACGAUAGUAAAGAUCAGCGGCACGUAGUCUGCCCUGCCCUCUCUGUCUGACUUGGAUAUCAUUCUUAGAUAUUCUAGUCUGCUCUGUUGCUUUAUUGCAGUCAAAAAGAUUUUUUUUUUUUGGAGACUCUACUAUAGAAAAUUAGAAGUUUUUACAGACUCAAGCAAAGCCAUGUCCUCCUUUAUCUCAAGUAGGAGAAACUUUUGGGAGAGAUGCAUUUGGAGGAAUGACGAAGCAAGGAUCACCUUCCCAACCAGUGAAAUAAGUGACCAACAGAAUGACAUAAGAAGCAGAUUACUGUCACAUCCAGAUGUUUUCAUGGACUUACUAUACUCAGAGCACUGUGACUAGCUCAUGAAUUAGCAUGUUACUUGGCACAUAGGUAAAAGUAAAUGGUAUAUCUAUAAUAGGUAUGUUAGAGGCUUCAUAUCUCCUAGCUGGAGAACUAAGACAUAAAACUCCAGCUGUUUAAGGCAGCAAGAGUAUGUGAGUUUAAAUGGCAGUAAGUUCAGAGAGGUCACUGUGGUCCAAAGUAUAGGACAAGACUUCUCAAAACUAUGAAACUUGAACCAAACCCUACAAGGAUGUUGAUUCUUAACUCUGCUUCCAUGGUUUCUUGCUUCUUAGCAUUUGUAGAUCCUGACUAUUGGUUUUGUCUCCAUAGAAUAGAGAAUUCUUAAGGAGAGCCUAAUAAUAAAAAUCCUGAUACUUUUUAUUUUUAAGUAUUUUGCUUAAAACAACUGUUUCAGAAAACCACCCUUGAUUCUGAAGAUACUAAUAAUAGAAAACUUCUUAACUUCUCUUUGGGUGAGUAUAGUUGUCCUGCUCUACUGUCAGUUUCUCUUCUCCCUCAUUUAUAUUAUAAAUAUAUAGGAGACUGGAACCAUGUGUUUCUUAUCCUUACUCUGUAAUUCCCUAUGGAUAAGACUGGCCUGAUUCUUACAUUGUAAUCUAAUCACUUACUGAGAGUGAUUUUUUUUCCAUGUAUUUGUUGAAGGUGAUGGAUUAGCCUUUCAAAUGCCCCAGCACAAAUAGCACUAGUUGUCUUGAGCAUUCCCAUCAACUGCCUUCCUCUGAUCGCUAUUCCUGUACCAACUAAAUAUGCUUCGACUUCCUUUCUCUGCUAGCCCCAUUUCCAUAGGACAUUGAAUAUACUUUUAAAGAGAUGGCAAGACUUCCCUUCAGAAUAUGGGCUUUUCUUUUUGGCAGCUCAUGUGCAUAAACUGGAGAUACGCACAUUGGUGGAUGAGAUCUGACCAAGUACACAGAAAGCCUUAAGUGAGAUCAUCCAAGUAAAUCUUAAAGCCCAUCGAGUGAAUAUAUUGCCUUACUUUUAGUUAGUAAAUGUUUUCAGCCACUGUGUUUAACUCAGCUUAAAUAUAAUAAGGCUUUGCUCACAUCUGUUUGAACUCACUUUUUCUAAUUCAUUAAAAAUAAUUUCAUUCAACUGUUGUUUUCAACAACUAAUGAACCUUGUCCCUGUUCUUCUCUUGUGAAAAUGGGCUGUUUUCAAUAUGUGGACCUUAGCAUACAUAUUGCUUUCUCUUCUUAAUCCUUCUUUGUGAUCCAGCUUUCAUUCUGUCUGGCAGAUACUGAUAGCUUUGUGAUUUUGAAAAAAGAGCAUGUAAGUGUACCUUGAGGAUACCAGCAAAGUUAUUCUUAAAUGAACAUCUGUAUAUUGCAAGCUGUUUUUUAUGGACCUUCAUCUUAACCUAAUUAAAGGCAAAUAUGGAAGUCUUUUUACCAUUAAUGCUACAGAGAUUCAUUUAUUUAACAUUCAAUAAAUAUUUCUUGAGUUCCUACUAUGUUCCAGGUGCUGAGGACCUAGCAAUGAAUAAGACAAACAGUGACCCUGCUCAUAGCCAGCACACAUUCUAGCAGGGGUUGCAGUAGAGAUACAGAUGAAAAAUAACUAAGUUGUUUUAGGAGACCAAGACUUCAGAUGAUUUAGGAGACCAAGAAUAUAAGAUUUGACGCCCUGUGGAGAAUAGAAAAAGUCAAGAACAGCUCUUAGGUUUAAGCUUGGGUGACUGAGUUGGUGAUAAUGCAGUUAACUAGCUCAAGAGUCUCAGGAUGAGAGGCAGGUUUAGAAGUGGGGAUAAUGAAUUUGACUUGGGGCAGUGAAAAAUACAAAACUGGAAAUCUGAAGAGAAGUCAGAACUGAAAUAGAUUUGGCUGUUACCAGCAUUUCAUGUAAAUUUUAAAAGGAGAAGGAGCAAGAAGAGUAGUCAGCAUUGUCAGAUAUGGCAGGAUGAGGCUCUUUUAAAAGGCCAUUGUAUUUGACCGUUGAAAAACCACUGAUGACUUCAAGGAGACCGAUUUCAGUAGAUAUGGAUGGGGGCAGGGGACAGAGCCAUGUGAUGGUUGGUUUACAGAAUGAAGGGCUAUGAUUGUCUAGCCAAGGUCAUUGUGCUUUUCCUCCUUGGAAACUUUGAAACUGAGGUCAGAGCUUUUCUCCCUCCCUCAGCUUUCUCCACUCAGGGCCCACAACUGGGAUGCCUGAACUAGGAGCAUGGCGGAAAAACAAAUUAAGAUCUUUGGGUCUCUGGUGGGAUAAGGGCCCAAGGAUAAAGGAACCUGAUGUUGGUGAGUCAGAUAUUGCAGGAAGCAUCCUCAGUGGGGGACAGUGAGUCAGGCCAGUUCAGAGACCUGUUUCUAGAGGGGGAAAGUGAAAACACACAUGUAGAUCUCUGUUGGUUGAGGAAACUCUGGACCAAGAAGCUGGGUUAGAAUGGGAAAAGAAAGGAUCUUUAAGGCUGGAGGAAGAAACAUGGAAUUAGUUAAGAAGUUCUGCUCAGUGAAGCAGUGGAAUCUGGCAGAGUUUGGCAGGGGUAGAAUCUGAGGUAGCAAACUGAUAUUAACUAGAAACUCAAGCAGGGAUACCUAGGUUUCUUAGGGCACAGGGACUGGGGAUAGGCAAAGAGGAACUGUUGGCAGUACUGGUGACCAUAAAGAUAGUAGUGAGGGGGCAGUUUAUGAAUUGAGGGGUAAUCCCAGCAAUAUCUGGCAUAUAGAUAUUUAAUAAAUAUUUGUGAAGCCAAGAGGGUCAGUAGUUCCUGGGAAUCGGACGUUCUGAGUUUCUGAAGAGGCAUAAGAAAAUACCUGGGUUCCAUUCAGGGAGAGGAUGGAGGCAGUGACUAAGGGACUUAAGACAGCUUGGAGGUGCAAAUCCCCAAAUGGAGCUUUGUUCCUCGAUUAGAGUUAGAAGCAAAGGUCAGGGUUGGGGGCUCAGUGCCUUACUUAAAUCUGGGACCUAGGAGUUCCUGUGCAUAUACCAGAUUUCCCCACCUACACACGGGCACCCUUGGCCUGUAACGCCUUCUCUGCCCACUAGGGGGCAGGGCUCGAGGGGGCUGGUGGCUGUUCUGAAGCCUCGAGGGCCAUCGGUUUCUACCAGAGCCGCUGUGGGUGCCGUCCUACCCAUGGCAGGACACAGGCCCUCAACCCUCUACCCCCUUGCAGGCAGUGGUGGGGGCGGCCCCAGAGGGCCAGUGCCCCUGCAGGUUGACAUUCUGACCUGGUUGAACACCCACGCGGCCCCUGGCAGGGUGAUAGUCUAGCCGGAGGUCCGGCUGGAGGCCCUGAGUUGUGGGGGAUUCCCCCGGUCCCCUGGCACACAAAUUCCGGGGCUGGAUAGCACCCUGCAGAGCCUGUCUUGGAGCUGGCGAGGCAGGGGCCUGGUUGCGAAACCCCUCUGAAAGCGCCCUCCUCGGGCCCUACAUUGCCCUGCAGAACAAGUUGCCUCUGCCAGAGGACGUCUCAGGCAUACAGAAAGAGUUGCAGCAGCUGGCCAAGGAGCUGAGGGAGAAGAGGCUGAGCCUAGGGUACUCGCAGGCCGAUGUAGGGAUCGCUGUGGGAGCUCUAUUUGGGCAGGUGCUUAGCCAAACGACCGUCUGCCGUUUCGAGGCUGAGCAGCUAAGCCUCGCCAACACGUGGAAGCUGCGACCAUUGCUGGGAAAGUGGCUGGAAGAAGUGGACGCAGAGAAUCUUCUAGGCUUAUGCAAAAUGGAGAUGAUCCUGCAGCAGUCUCGCAAGUGGAGACGGGCAAGCAGGGAGCGAAGAAUCGGAAACAGCCUGGAGAAAUUCUUCCGGCGGUGUCCGAAGCCCACACCCCAGCAAAUCAGCCACAUUGCUGGGUGCCUCCAGCUGCAGAAGGAUGUGGUUCGAGUUUGGUUCUAUAACCUCAGCAAGAUGGGCAGCCGGCCAAUCAAUGAUGCUUCCCCACGGGAGGUUGUGGGGGCUGCCAGUCCUCCAUGCCCAGGGGCACCAGUGUGCUUUCCCCUGGGACUGGGGAUCCCGGUGGGUAUCCCCCACUAUACACCUCUCUACUCUGCAGGGGUAGCCCACCCCUCUGCCCCAGGCACCAGUCUGGGCCUCCCCAGACUUUAGGGCUGAGGGACAUGCCAUUCGCAGCAAGUUUGGAGAGAAAAGAGAAAGGGAAAACCUGGAAAUGUCCCUGGGGUUCAUUUAAGGACUUUUAGCAUUAAGUUCUCAUUCACUGUCUAAAGAAGUUAAGAAUACAUAGUAGGGAAUGGGGGUGGGAAUUAUUCAAGAAAAACUUGGUAGAGAAGUAAGUUUAUUGCAGUUUUUGUGUUUUCUCUUUGUUUUUCCCUAGCAUUGGUUUCAAGGUACUUAAAGUAUAUAGAUGGUUU